AUGAAAGUCUUAUUAUACGUUACGCUGGUAUGCGCUCAGUUAGCACUGACAGUAGGUAAACCCCGUGUGGUUUGCUAUUUGUAUAACCUGGCACAGUUACCACCGGAAAACAUGGACCCAACCCUUUGCACGCACCUGCACUUUUCGUUUCACAAAUUGGACGAGGUUAAAAAUGUGAUCGUCGACAGCACCGGCAGUGCCCGACCCGAUAUAUACCGGCGCCUAAACGCACUUAAAACUCGCAAUCAUGAGCUCAAAGUGAUUGUAGCCGUUGGCGGUGCCGGUGCUUCCGACCAAUCCUUCUCUAAUCUGGUUAAUAAUGCCAGCCGUAGGGCUCAGUUCAUCACAAAUACUAUCGCAUAUUUAAAACAAUAUGGUUUUGAUGGUCUGGACCUCGACUGGGAAUACCCGGUCUGUUGGGGCGGAGAUUGUACUAAAGGACCCGCAACUGAUAAACCCAAUUUUGGUAAAUUACUAACGGAAUUGAGGGCUGCCUUUGAUAAGCAGAGCCCACGGCUAUCCCUAUCGGCAGCCGUAGGGGCCGGUUAUCCCGGCGGUCCUUUUGAUAAAGCAUACGAUAUCCCGGCUAUGGCUAAAGCACUUGACUAUAUGAAUGUGAUGACAUACGUGUUGGCCGGCGCCUGGGAUCACAAGACUGGCCAUCACUCGCCGUAUCAAAAGUGCAUAGAUUAUAGUCAAUCGUAUGUUACAAAAGGUAUGCCCAAAGACAAGGUGUUGAUAGGAAUGCCCUUUUAUGGCAAAACAUUUACACUGAGUGACCCCAACCAACACUCUAUGGGCGCCCCCAUCACCGGUGCCGGACACACACCUGGCGGCCAUCAGGACGCCGCCUAUUACAGCGAAAUGUGUGAUUUGGUUAAGAAUAAGGGUUGGAUUAAAGAGAGACCGGAUCAGGGUCACGACCCCAUUGCCUACCAUGGUGAUACAUGGGUUGGCUAUGACGACCCAUACCAAGCCUAUGACAAAAGCAAGUGGGUUAAAGAUAACGGUUUUGGUGGCAUAAUUGUGUGGGAGAUUGGCCAGGAUGAUAUUCAUGGACAGUGUUGCUCGGUGAAAUUUCCUCUGCUCCGGGCAAUAAAUAAUGGUUUACUGGGCACAGGACAGGCACCCGCCACUUACGGCUGCGAACAUAAAUAG